CCCACCUACGGCCCGCCAGCUGCCACCAAACAUGAGCGAAAUAUCGCUACCCAGCGGCAACGCAGCGUUCGCGGAUGCGUCGCGCUCGACGGUCGUGAGCACCGCGCCGUCCCGCACUCCCAGUUUCUCGGCCAAGGAACGGAAGACUAGCCCGGCGUCCAUCGCCCCCGAAGUCUCGGGGUUUGAAGCAGAUCUCAGAACCUACCAAGCCGCGCUUGGCGCGCGCGGCAUCCCGCCCACCCGCGACCUCUCGCUUGCAUGGGACCACCUGUCGAUCCGCGGGAUCGGCGGCGCGGACGACGUCGUGUUCGCGCCUGAUCUCGGGUCAAUUUUCAUGCCGUGGACCGUGGCCAAGCAGAAGAAGCGGACGGAGCGGCUCGCCGCCGCGCUGCGCGAGAAGCAGCCGGCGCCCGACGCCGACGCCAUGAACUACCAGAAGGGCAUGCCGGUGCCGAAGAAGGGCGAGCCCGGCCUGCGCAAGGGCGAGCGAUACCUCCUCAAAGACUUUUCGGGGCUGCUCAAGCCGGGAGAGAUGAUGCUCGUCGUCGGCCGCCCAGGAUCGGGGUGCACCACGUUCCUCAAGUCCCUCGCGGGGCUAACAUCUAGCUAUGCGGGCAAGGAGGGCGGCGUGUACUACGGCGCCUUGGAGGCCGGGUCAAAGGCGAUGCGGCCACUGCGCGGCGACGUGUCCUUCAACUCGGAGGAGGACUUGCACGACCCCAACCUCCUCGUUGGACGCACGAUGGACUUUGCGCUGCGCAACGAGACGCCUGCGGCCGCUGCCCGCCCCCUCGGCGCGGACGGCAAGCCCAUCUCCGCGAAGGAGUACCAGGAGAAGACAAAGCUCGACCUCUUGCGCGCGUUCGGCAUUGAGCACACUCUCAACACCAAGGUCGGAGACCAGUAUGUGCGCGGCGUCUCGGGCGGCGAGCGCAAGCGCGUCUCCCUCGCCGAAGUCCUCACGACCAACGCCCAAAUCCAGUGCUGGGACAACGCGACGCGCGGCCUCGACGCGAGCACGGCGCUCGGCUUCGCCCGCGUCUGCCGCACCCUGUGCGACGUCACGAACCGCAUCAAUGUCGUGUCCCUCUACCAAGCCGGCAACGGCAUCUACGACCUCUUCGACAAGGUGACCGUCAUCGCCGAAGGCCGGCUACUGUACUACGGGCCGCGCGCCGAGGCGCGCGCCUACUUCGAAGCACUCGGCUUCGAGCACAUGGAGGGCGCCAACACGGCCGACUACCUCACGGCCGUGACGGCGCUGAACGAGCGCCAAAUCAUCCCGGGCUUCGAAGGCCGCGUGCCGUCCACGCCCGCCGAGUUCGCCCGCAUCUACCAGAACUCGGACGUUGCGCGGCGCAUGCGCGCCGAAGUCGACGCGUACCUCGCCGAUACGGCGCGGCGGGAUGCCGAGACUGCGAGCGCGCGCGAAUGGGACGCCCUCGUCAAAGAAAAGGGCACGAUCAAGAGCCUGCCCCAGAAAGUGUCGUUCCUCUCGCAGAUCAAGGCCGCAGCCAUCAAGGACGCGCAGCAGCGCUGGGGCGACCAGUGGUCGCUGUGGGCGCGCCAAGCGACCACGCUUAUUCAGGCCCUGUUCAACGGGUCAGUGUACUACGCGAUUCCCAAGACGACCGCGGGCCUCUUCCUCCGCGGCGGCCUCAUGUUCAUGCUCGUCCUCUUCCCCGUCAUCCUGUCGUUUGCGGACGUGCAGUCCGCCUUUGUGGGCCGCUCCGUGCUCGCAAAGCACAAGGCGUACUCGAUGUAUCGUGCCGGCGCCGUGCUCGCGGCGCAGACGCUCGUCGACCUGCCCAUCUUCUUCGUCCAGAUCUUCCUCUACGUCCUCGUCUCCUACUUUAUGGCCAAGCUCAAGAUGGACGGCGGCCUGUUCUGGAUCGCCUUCCUCUUCUCCUGGCUCUCCGCGCUCUCAAUGACCACCCUCUUCCGCACCAUCGGCUACGCCUUCAACACGUACAACGACGCGUCCAAGAUAUCAGGCACAGUCUUCACCCUCUUCGUCCUGUACGGCGGCUUCGUCGUCUACCAGCCCUCGAUGCACCCCUGGUUCAGCUGGAUCCGGUGGCUCAACCCGACAUACUACGCCCUCGAGCCCCUGCUCUCGGGCGAGCUCGAGAACCUCGACCUCCAGUGCUCGCCGCCCCAGCUCGCCCCCUACGGUCCGGGAUACGAGGGUGGCCCGCAGUCGUGCGCCAUCGUCGGCAGCACGCCCGACUCGACGAUCGUCAGCGGCACGGUGUACGUGCACGAGGCCCUCGAGUUCUUCACCUCGCACCGCUGGCGCAACUUUGGCAUCAUGAUCGCGCUCUGGUUCGGAUUCCUUGUUCUUGGCAUGAUCUUCCUUGAGCGCCUGCCGGCCGCGGGCAGCACCCAGGGCGUGACGCUGUACAAGCGUGGCGGCGGCGGCGCGUUCAUCAAGGCGGCCGAAAAGAACGGCACCCUGCCCCGUGACGAGGAGGAGGGCGGCGAGGCCGCCGUCACGUCUGAGAAGCCGCACGGCGGCGCGGGCACGGGCGCUGGCGCUGGCGACACCGAGACCAUCGCGUCCGGCGGCACCACGUUUACCUGGAAGGACAUCAACUACACUGUGCGCCACGAAGGCAAGGAUUUGCAGCUGCUGCGCAACGUCAGCGGGUACUGCAAGGCAGGCACAAUUACUGCGCUUAUGGGCUCCUCGGGCGCCGGCAAGACGACGCUUAUGGACGUGUUGGCUGCGCGCAAGUCGGAGGGCGAGAUCACAGGCGAGGUGCUCCUCAACGGCUCGCCGCUGCCCCUCUCGUUCCAGCGCACCACGGGCUACUGCGAGCAGCUGGACGUGCAUCUCCCGCAGUCGACGGUGCGCGAGGCACUCGAGUUCUCCGCCCUGCUCCGCCAGCCCCGCCACUACUCGGACAAGGAGAAGCUCGCGUACGUCGACACGAUCAUUGAGCUCCUCGAGCUCCAGGACCUCGAGGACGCGAUCAUCGGUGUGCCUGGCGCCGGGCUCGGCGUGGAGCAGCGCAAGCGUCUGACGAUUGGCGUCGAGCUCGUCGCCCGCCCCACCCUCCUAUUCCUCGACGAGCCGACGUCGGGCCUCGACGGCCAGUCGUCCUUCCUCAUCGUGCAGUUCAUGCAGAAGCUCGCGGCGGCCGGCCAGUCGAUCGUGUGUGUCAUCCACCAGCCGUCGGCGGCGCUCUUCGCGGGUUUCGACAACCUCCUCCUCCUCAAGGCUGGCGGGCGCACCGUCUUCUUCGGCGCCGUCAAGGAUGUGCCCGACUACUUCUCGCGCAACGGCAUCACGUGGCCCAAGGACGUCAACCCCGCCGAGUUCAUGAUCGACGUCGUGUCCGGCGACCUCAGCAAGGACCGGGACUGGCACGAGGUGUGGCUCUCGAGCCCGGAGCGCGAGCAGAUGAUGCGCGACAUUGAUAUUGUUAAUGAGGAGGCCGCGGCUCUCGCCACGGCCACCGACGAGGACAACCACCGCUUCGCCGCGUCGUUCUGGACCCAGCUCCGUGUCGUCGUCCACCGCUGCAACGUCCAGCUGUACCGCGACACCGAGUACGUCAUUAACAAAUUUAUGCUGCACAUCGCGACGGGUCUUAUUGUCGGCUUUACAUUCUGGAAGAUUGACAACUCGUACGCGGGCCUGAAGGACAAGGUGUUCUCGAUUUUCCAAUUCGUCUUCGUGGCCCCCGGUGUCAUCGUGCAGACGCAGCCCAAGUUCAUCGCCAACCGCGACAUCUUUGAGAAGCGCGAGCGCAAGUCGAUGCUCUACUCGUGGAAGGUCUUCGUGCUGGGCGAGAUUAUCGCCGAGUGGCCGUACCUUCUCAUCUGCGCCCUCCUCUACUGGGCGACGUGGUAUCCUACGAGCGGCUUCUCUCUUGCAGCUGGCGCCGCCGGGCCCGUGUUCCUCACGAUGGUGCUGUACGAGUUCCUGUACACGGGCAUGGGCCAGUUCAUUGCCGCAUACGCGCCGAACGCCGUGUUCGCGGCCAUGGUCCUCCCGCUCUUCAUCUCGAUCCUCGUGACCUUUGCCGGCAUCAUGAUCCCCUACCCGGCCAUCACGGCGUUCUGGCGCUACUGGCUCUACUACCUCGACCCGUUCACGUACCUCAUGCAGGGCCUGCUGACGUUCCCGAUCUGGAACGAGCCCGUGCAGUGCAAGAGCUUCGAGUACGGCUACCUCGACCCGCCGGCCGGCCAGACGUGCGGGCAGUACUUUGAGAACUUUUUGCAGUACGCGACGGGGUACGUCAACAACCCGGACGCGACGAGCAACUGCGAGUACUGCGGAUACGCCAAGGGGUCCGAGUACCUCGCGUCGAUGAACAUUACGCGCAAGAUCGACGGGUGGCAGGGCGUGCUGAUCACGCUCCUCUUCGUCAUUACGUCGUACGCCUUCGUCUUCCUCCUCCUCAAGCUGCGGUCCAAGGCGACCAAGACCGCGAGCAAGUAGACCCUAUACUGUAGAAUACAAUAGAGCUUGGUAAUGCAGUCACAUGUACAUUUGUGG